UGUUAAAAAGAUUCCUUUUAUAUGCUUAAACCGUGAGAGGCCAAUUAAAAAUAGUCUUUUGCAACUGCAACCAAUAUGAUUUGCUAUUAUAAUCACUUACUGGCGCCCCUUGUUGGGGUACACUUCCCGAUUGCUAAGCCUUCCGUAUUGAGAGCCGAGAACCCCAUGGCUUCUGAUCUCUCCUCUGACAACUCCGUCUUCCGCGGCGUCUCCUCCUCUCCUCCCAUUCGCCGCCGUGAUCUAGUCUUCGUCGUCAAUCCUCGAGGUGCUAAUGGGAGAACCGGUAAAGAGUGGAAGAAACUGCUUCCUUAUCUUCAAUCUCGCCUCGGUAGCGAUUGUAACAUAUGUGAAUCUUUGACUUCUGGUCCUUCUCAUGCGAUUGACAUUACUAGGGAGGCUAUAAGGGAGGGUGCUGAUGCUGUCAUUGCAGUUGGAGGUGAUGGUACGCUUCAUGAGGUUGUUAAUGGAUUCUUUUGGGAUGGGAAACCGGUUGCUAAUCAGAAAACAAAGGCUGUUCAUUCAACAGCUCUUGGACUCAUUCCCUUGGGCACAGGGUCAGAUUUUGCCCGAACAUUGGGCUGGAAAAAUGAUCCCUGUGAAGCCAUAGAACGGAUUGCUAAAGGGGUGAGAUCACAAAUUGACGUUGGUGUCAUUAGCAGAGAAGGGGAAGGAUCCCAUUAUUUCAUAAAUGUUGCUGAUAUCCAUCUGAGUGCAAAGGCAGGUUAUUAUGCUUCAAGAUACAAGAAAUUUGGAAACUUGUGCUAUGUUAUUGGUGCUUUGCAAGCCUUUAUGGGCCACCGCAACCAGGAUCUUAGAAUCAAGGAAAAUGAGGGUGAGUGGCAAACAUGCUCUCAAGUGACAGCCCUCUGUGUUGGAAAUGCAAAGUACUUUGGUGGUGGCAUGAAAAUUACACCAAAUGCUGAUCCUCGAAGUGGAAGUUUUGAGGUUGUCAUUCUUCAGGACUUCAAGUGGUAUGACUUCCUUCUAAAACUGCACAAGCUAUACAAUGGGACACAUUUGUCCGUGAAAAAUGUGACCUCGAGAAAUGUUUAUACAAUCGAAGUAGAUGACAUUAGCGGCAGCGGCAGCAUUUUCAUUCAGUCUGAUGGGGAACAUUUAGGAUUCCUUCCUAGGAAGUUAUCUAUUCUACCUGCUGCUAUCGAGAUGAUUUGCUGAGUCGAACCCCAGAAUAAACAUCGGGUUUCUGAUCCGAUAUCCGAAACUAUGCAUCUCCAUGCAUAAAGUUGAGUAAGACAAGCAAUCGAUCCCAUCAAACUUAGAAGUAGGAAGAUAGACAAUGAUGGAGAUGAGUCAUUAGUCGUACCCUUUCUAAACUAUCAAAUUAUUGUGCUUCAUGUUGAGUGAAUUUUGAGAAAGCACCAUCUUUCACCAUUAGUCGGGACCUUUUUUUGACAUUUAUGUC